CCGCGGAGGGGCGGCAGGUGCCCGGGAGCGCGGGCGGGCCCUUUAAGGCUGCAGUCGCGCCCUUCCCCGGAAGAAAAGAGCGGCAAGGUGGGGGCCGGGCGGGUGGAUCAUGGCUCCCGGCGUGCGGGCGCUGCUGGCGCUGCUCUGCCUGGCCGCCGCCGCCGCCGCCUUCAACCUGGACACCAGCUCGCUCGUGCUCAAGCAGGGCGGCGGCGCCCGCGCCUUCUUCGGCUUCUCUGUGGCCCUGCACCGCCAGAGCCAGGGGCAGAGCCGCUACCUGCUGCUAGCUGGAGCCCCCCAGGAUGUAACUGCUGUGGAGGGGAAUGCCACACGGACAGGCGCCAUGUACUUCUGCCCACUGAGUGCCUCCAAGACUGACUGCGAGCGGGUGGACAUAGAAGAAAAGAGUGUGCCACAGAAGAACAUCAUUGAAGACAUGUGGCUGGGGGUGACCAUUGCCAGCCAGAGAGAGCAAUCCGGGAGGGGGAGAGUGCUGGCCUGCGCUCACCGCUACACCGAGGUGCUUUGGGCAGGCAGCGAGGACCAGCGGCGCAUGGUGGGGAAGUGCUACGUGCGAGGCAAUGACCUGAAGCUGCAGCUGGGUGACGACUGGCAGACGUACCACAACGAGAUGUGCAACUCCAACACUGAUGCUGAGGAGACUGGCAUGUGCCAGAUGGGCACCAGCGGCGGCUUUACCACCAACACCGUCUACUUUGGGGCACCUGGUGCCUACAACUGGCAAGGGACUAACUACAUGCUGCAGCGAGAGAGCUGGGAGCUGUCUGACUUCUUGUACCCGAAUCACAAGAAUGGCAACAUCUACAUAGGCUAUACCGUCCAAGUCAGCAGUGCCGUGCUGCACAAGGGAGACCUCACCAUCAUCUCGGGGGCACCCCGCUACCAACACACCGGUGCUGUGUACCUGAUGAAUAACCACUUCGGCAGCAACCUGGAAAAGAGCCUCAUGCUGGUUGGGGAGCAGGUGGGCUCCUAUUUUGGGAGUGCCAUCGCCCUAGCCGACCUCGACAACAACGGGUGGCAGGACUUGGUGAUCGGUGCCCCAUACUACUUCGAGCGGAAGCAGGAGGUGGGGGGCGCUGUCUACGUGUACAUGAAUGAAGCUGGCAGCUUCCAAAACCAGUCCAGCCAGAUCUUGAAAGGCCCCAGUAACUCCGCCUUUGGUUUUGCCGUGGCCAACAUCGGGGACAUCAACCAGGAUGGCUUUGAGGACAUUGCUGUUGGGGCCCCCUUCGAGGGCUCGGGCAAGGUCUACAUCUACCACAGCACUUCUGGGGGCCUUAUGGAGCUGCCCCGGCAGGUGAUCAGUGGGGCAGACCUGGGCCCUUUCAAGUUUGAGACCUUUGGGUACUCUCUCAGCGGGGGCAUGGAUGUGGAUGGCAAUUCCUACCCGGACCUGCUGGUGGGGAGCUUGUCCGAGAAGAUUGUUCUGCUCCGAGCUCGUCCCGUGAUCAACAUCCUGAACAAGACCUUCACAGUGACCCCAAGCCUGGUAGAUCCAGCCAAGUGCAACCCCCACUCCUGCAUCCGGGUGCAGAUCUGCUUCUCCUACAACCAGAGUGCCGGAGACCCCCAAUACAAGGAGCGAAUUAAUCUGCUCUACACUCUAGAAGCUGAUAGGGACAGGCGCCCGACCAGGGUGAGAUUUGCUGGGACGAACUCUGCUGUGUACAGGGGCGUCUUCUCCUUGCCAGACACCAAGUGCCAGGACCUGGAGCUCCUCCUGCUGGAGAACAUCCGUGACAAGCUGCACCCCAUUGCUCUGCAUAUGAACUACUCACUAGAGGAGAAGCAACGAAGCUUCCAACUGGGGCUGAAUUCCCUCAACGCCUACCCUGUCCUGAAUGAGGACCAGCCCCGGGAGAACCACACUGAGAUCAACUUCCAGAAGGAGUGUGGUCUCGACAACAAGUGCAACAGCAACCUACAAUUGACGGCUGCCUUUGUUGGUGAGCAGGGCCAAGUGCUGCCCAGGAUGAAUGGGACCCAGGUGCUACUGUACAGCCGGGACGUCAAGAAGCUGCAUCUCAGUGUGGCCAUCACCAACACCCCCACUACGAAGGCCAAUGGCGAGGAUGCCCACGAGGCCCUGCUAAACAUUACUGUGCCCCCCACCCUGCUGCCCUCCUCUGUCCGCCCUAGCGGUGCCUGCACCUUCGAGGAGACAGUGCUGUGUGAGCUGGGCAACCCCUUCAAGAGGAACCAGAAGAUGGAGCUGAUCAUCACCUUUGAAGCCAUUGGGAUCACACUGGACACACGGGAGGUCAUGGUGGAGCUCGAGCUGUCCACGCUGAGCUACCAGGAGGACCUGAGGCCGGUGUGGGCUGAGUUGCUGGUUGACUACAGCAUCCACACAUCUCUUGCCGUGACACCCUCCCAGGUGCAGACGUACUUCAGUGGAACAGUGGUGGGGGAGUCGGCCAUGAAAAAAGAGGCUGAUGUUGGGAGCCCUGUCAGGUUUGAUUUCAAGGUGAACACCAAGGGGGAGGCGCUGGGCUCCCUGGGCACCAUUAUCUUGGGCUUCAACUGGCCCUAUGAAAUCCCCAAUGGCAAGUGGCUGCUGUACCCCACCGAGAUUCUCGUCAGAGGCGAUGAGAGCAGACGCUGCCAGCCACCGGGGGAAGUCAUCAACCCCCUCAACCUCACCCUUGUGGACAAUUUCUCCUCACCCCGGCGGAGACGUGAGCUGGAGACAGCGCCGCACACCGAGCUCCCCAUCACCCUGGCUGCUGCCAAGAAAGCCAGGUCACAAGUGGAACUGAACUGUGCCACGGGCACAUCCCACUGCAUCUGGAUCGAGUGCCCCCUCCAUGAUACUAGGGCAUUGACAACUGUCAGCAUUCGAGCACGUGUGUGGAACAGCACCUUCAUCGAGGAGUACAGCAGCUAUGACCGCAUCAAGGUGGAGGGGCAAGCCACCCUGUUUCUCCGGACCAACGUGGCCACCAUCAACAUGAAGAACCACACAGUGCAAUUCUUUGUGGACAUCGAUUCAGAGCUGACAGAGGAGCAGCCGGCGGAGAUUGCGCUGUGGUUGGUGCUCUUUGCUGUGGGAGCUGGGCUGUUGCUGCUGGGGCUGAUCGUCCUCCUGCUCUGGAAGUGUGGCUUCUUCCGGAGGGCAAACACGCGAGCCAUGUAUGAGGCCAAGGCCCAGAAGGCGGAGAUGAAGAUCCAGCCGUCUGAAACGGAGCGGCUGACUGACGACUACUAGCUCAGGGCCCCUUUGCUCUGAGAGCCUGCUCCAGCCUCUCGUGCAACUUCUUCAAGCGGACCCGCUACUACCGGCUCAUGCCCAAGUACCAUGCAGUGCGGAUCCGCCAGGAGGAGCGCUACCAGCCCACUGACGGCUUCCUGCCACGGAAGCACAAGAAACACUGGGUAACAAACUGGCAGGAGUCAGAGAAAUACUACUGAACACUCCCCCCACAGACCUUGGCCCCCAUCUGCUCAGCCAGUCGUUGUGAGCACGUUGCUACUGCAUUCAAAUAGCCCUAGGGCUAUCCCCGCACCGGUGAGGGGCCUGCUGUUCACUCCAGGAGAUGGCAACCCUAAAGCUUCCUGGAGGAGUAUGUGAAUGAGCCACCUAGAAUCAUCCUGGGGACCAGAAAUCUGACAUGAGGCCUGGCUAGGGGAACAUGAGGGACUUGUUGUUUUGCACAAAUGCCUUCUUUCUCUCACACUUACACACUCCUCCACAGACGAGGAUACUGCUCUCUGUCCCAUGUCACCGACUCUCAAAGUGCACUCAUGCUGAGAGGGUGUGCCAUCAACACCCCCACCCCACCUGUGCCUGUGUGCGCCUCUCCAUUGCAUAUGUGUGCCCUGACACUUUUGUACAGACAGCACUUCUUCCCUUGCUGUUGCACACGUGUACAGAUGAUCCAUUAAGCCCCAUUGCACAAUCCUAGCCUGCUGCUAAUUAUCCGUAAGAAAUGUUGGGGCUGAGUGGAGAUGGUGAGCAGCCCAUGCACUAUGUAACACAGCCCAGCACUGUCAUGAAGUCACACUCAAUAAUGCCCUAGGGCACUCCGCCUCCCUGUCUCACUCUUCUUUGCACCUGGAUGCCCAUGUGGACUGUCACAUGUGGCUUCUCUUGCACUGUUUCACUGAUGUGAACACAGAGGUGCUCUCACCUGCACAGAUGCUUACGUGCAUGCACACAUACACUCUCAUUCUCCCUUCCCCACAAUGCCGUUUCUCUCGCUGCUUCCCCCAGGCGUUGGUGAUGUGUAGGAGGCGCAUGUGCACCCCCUGUGAAAAGGCACAGCCGACACUGCUGGCAGGACCUGUGGGCAGUAGCUGCUUGCUGCUGCGCUGUGCCCCCCCGCUCCCCCCAGCACUGCGGCCAGUGCCAUGCUCCUGCUGCUGACAGUGCUGCUGCUGCCUGUGGGAGCUUGCCAUGCCCCCACCAGCCCCUGGGGGCAAGUGGCAUUCAUGGCCUCAGGAACAUGCCAACAUUCCCAUUCAAUCCCGGGACAAAUUUCUUCCCUAUUAACCACUAUAAUAUCUCCCUGUAGCUUAACCGAAGGCGGUGGACCGCUCUGAUUUUCAAGAUCUCCUUGCUAAGCCUCCUUCUUUGGGGGUACCUCUGUGGUGGGGGUGGGGGGAGCUGAGGCAGUGCCCCCAGCUCCUUCAUGGCUGUUCUCACUCAGUGCUGUACACGGGAUGUUUUGCCACUGGAGCACUACAUGGCAGAACUCCCAGUACCAUUCUCUGAGACAGCCCCAGCCCCUUCCCUGGGGAGCAGCUGUUUUUUGGGGGUAGGUUGGCUAUUCCUCUGGUUCUCCUCUCUGGCUUCUGCCUGAAAUGGCAGGGCCUUCCCUAUUGUCACAUGUCUGGUCUGAGUCCUGUUGCCUGCAUUCAUGCCCAGAAAUGCUAAGGGCAAAGCAUUAUGGGUACACCACAGUGGUUCUUGGCAGGGGCAAAGUCAAGCCAGUUCAGCCCAGCAUGCCAACUCUUAGGAAAACCUCCUUCAGCUUUGCAAGGCCAGGGAGGCUUCAUCAGAAAGGACCCGGUAGAAACAAACCAAGAGUGAUAUCUGUGAAGCCGAAGCUUGGCAUCACAGGGCUGGGAGGUGAAAUCCCAUGUGGGCUGCCCUGGGCACAGCACUCUAUGCCCUCCAUCACCUGUGCCCGGUUUGUGGGUCCCAGCCUCUGCUUUUCCAUGCUCCCUGGAGCACCCUACAGCCAGCACAGAGCCUGGUUGCAUAGGCCUGGUAUAUGUGACUCAGUGUGGCAUGAAGCCAGAAGCAGCUCCUGCCAUGUCCUCACUCUUCAUCUGGGUGACCCUUCUCCAGGUCCUGCUCCCAUGUCUCCUUUCUGCUUGCUUUAGGCAUUCCUUCCUCAGCCCGACCCUGCAGCUGGGCUCUGCAGCCCUGGCCUGCAGGAAGGCUCAGCGCUCAUUCUCAUGCUCUGAUAAGGGGGGACUGUGGGAAUGCCUAGUACUGGACAGGUCCAGGCCCCUGGCUGACAAUAGACAGACCAGCAAGGGUGGUGGGCACCCUGGCUCCACUCGCACACUCUACACUCCCAAUGUUCCUGUUCAUGCCCACUGCUGGGGGGUUAAAUUAUUAAGAGUGUAUCUAUUUUUUUUUUUUUUUGCUGUCAAUCACUGGAGUUUGUUUCUCUUUAUGGUACUGGAGGUCCUGCGUCACAGCACCGUGUUGUAAAUAUGCUUGAGUGGUUAUGAUAGUGUCCAAUAAAAAUGGUUCCUUCGUUUGUAA